GCGGGAGGUCUUGCUGGAGGAAUCAGUGUGAUGGUAUUGAAAUACGUGACACAGGGAGCUCAGGGUACACAACUCUGGUUCGGCGUAUCGAACUUGGUCGCGAAUGGCUUGGUCAUGUUGAGGUAUGGAAUACAGCCUUGCGGAGUUGGCUGUGCCAUGAGACUAACAAAGACACAGUUCCGUGACGUUGUGGGUUAGCCAGAACAUGGAGGACGACUACACAUACAAUCUUGCGUUGUAGAUGCAUUAUCUGUGAAUCUCGAUGACCUUUUUCCCUACGGACCAUGCAUCUUGUUCUUUGCGGAUGAGCUGUGUAAAUUCGAGAAGCAGGUGGUGAUGAUGAUCAUGAUGAUGCCGGGGUCACAUCGGCUCCGCCUAUCAUUUUAUACCGGAAACGACGUUCGUCGGAUGUGACAUGGGCAUCUCAGUGCGCAAGCAGGCCAGCUUCCCGACUCUGCAUAUUUUCACGUGCCAAAGUCAUGCUAACGUGGUCGCCUUUCACUUGGACUCGACAAGCACAUUUUUCAAACAUUCUCUGUUGUACAUUUUUAGAAUGUCACCAAAGUCCGACUCACAUCAGCGACCGCGCUGUGCUCGCCAAAUUCAUGCUCUCUAUCAGGCAACAACCAUCUUUCUGUUUGAAUAUGAGAAUCCCAAAUCAAGGAGAUCUUAGUGUUCGACAUGCGGUAGUCGAGUGGCAAUUGGUUCUAGAGCAAAGAGCAAACUUGGAAUUAAAAGUGGAGCUUGAGCAUUUGCGCGAGCAAAUCAAAGCUCUUCAGCGGCAAGUCGAUGACCCCCGAAGUUCGCAGGCAUCGCGUCAACUGCGACCGGAACAGAGUUUCGAGACGAAUAAUCAUGGAAGUGGAAAGCCUUUGGCGUCCCGUGAGUAGGUGUCGUUUCUGCUCUGAAGCAGCGCUCCCAUGGCGGACCAAACCUCAUAAAUUUGACGUGGCAGCAGAGACAGACUCGAUGCGUCUUCUGAUGACCUCUCUUCUAUGACGGCAAGUCCAUCGUCUCAAGCAGUCUCCAGACCCGAAGCGCCGAGCCUGGUCGUGAAUAGCACAGAUAAGCAGUUCGAAGCAGUAUGAAUACACAUGGUCUACUAUUGCUCAAAGCUGAUGUAUCGACAGCUGCUGCGUUCACGAAACGUCAAUGGUAUUUGCCACUUGCCCAACGAGAAUUGGGACAAGACUCUGGUGGCCCGCCGC